AUGCCACCGUCUCUGGAUGCUGGGGACCGGGCCCAGCAACUCAGCCAACAAAUCAACAAUAAGAUUACACAAUUUCAGUUACAAGGACUCACCUUCGAAGACCGGGAGCUUCUAAGAGCUCGUCUACCCUUCGUUUGGCGACCGCACGAGAUCAUUCCUGCGGUGUCCGCAACAAAGUCCCGACAAUCUCGUUCUCGAUACAUCUACAGUAUGAUUCAGGACGCAAGCAACCAUCUCUUUCUUGCUGUGGUACUGGUCGUCCCACCCACUGUCUGUAUUUCGCCUGCGUUCCAGUUGGUGUUAAAUUCAUUGAUGAGCCUUGAAACCUACGUCACUUUUCAGUUUCAGCUCAACGCGAAAGCACAAAGAUUCUUCGAGUCCACGGCAGCUGAACAGGGCUUUGCUACCGAGCGACGUUACCUGAGCUUCAUGAAAUCCAUGUUUUCUGCACCAGAAGCCAGGCAGAUUCAAUUAGCCUACUCGCUUGUUGCUCGUGAUAGCAUCGAGAUAUUCAUGAACGAAAUGCUACAGGGAGUCGUUACUAGUGAACAAUGGGCCAAAGAAGGAGCACAGGGAGGCGAUACCACCGGCUGCGUGACUAUAUUCAUCCCAUCAAAUCAGCACCAAGAUGCUUCAUGCACCAUAAGGGUCAACCGUGACAGACUAGUGCACUCGAUACACAAAUUCAACAUGACGAAACUCAAGCUCGAGUGA